AUGCUUGGAGCAGCAAAGAUACUGAGAUAUGUGGGUAGCCUGUCGAGGUUGAUUCCAUCCUGUCAGUUGGAAAUUGAGUCAGAAGUUAAUUUUGGCACAUUGGUUUCUGAUAGUAAAGUAUAUUGUAAAGAGAUUAAUAUCAUUAACCAUGGCAGAGCUCCAGGUACAUUUAAAGCAGAAUACCAGGGCCAAUUACCCAUUGUCAUUUUUCCGAGUAAUGGUAUUGUGGAGCCCAAGUCAUCAGUGAUUGUUAAAGUGGAUUUCUGUGCUGACCAGCCCAGAACUGUAAAUGAAGUGGCAAAAGUGAGUUUGCAAGGUCGUCCAGAUAUACUCUUGAGUGUCAAAGCUCAUGUGGUUGAGCAGAUUAUUGAGUUGUUAAACAUGAGUAAUGACAAAAAGUUGGAAUGCAUACACUUUGGUUCAGUUUUCUUUGGAACUUCAAAAAUUGAACAUGCACGUCUAUACAAUAAUAGCCCAGAACCCAUAAACUGGGUGGCCAUAAUGCAAAAUGAUUCAGUUGGAGAAGAACUGGGCACAAAUAUUCGACAAAGAACAGAUAUUGCCUUAAAUAAUCUCACCUACUUAAGCAAAAUAAAGAACAUGGAUGUUACCACUUUUAUCUCCUGUGUUCCUAAUGAAGGGAGGUUACUACCUUAUCAAAAGAUUGUAAUUACAUUUUGUUUCAGCCCAAAGCUAAUGACUGAUGGUAAAAAGAAUAAUGAUCCUUCACACAGGCAGGACUAUGCUCUCUUUUUGAGAUUUGACUCUGUGGGAAGUAAAGGUGGAUUUUUGAGGGAUGAUAACAGUAAAACCAUCAAAAGUGAUCAUUUUCAGAAAGUGGAAUUAGCACUGACAGGCACAGGACUUCCUGUCUUACUACAGUUUGAUCCAGGAAAGGUCCUUAAUUUUGCACCUUGUUUCAUGGGUGAACAUUCAGAGCUUCUUUGUAUUAUGCAAAAUCGAUCCAACUCACUUCCUGUGAUGUACCGCUUUCAAAAAACUGCACAUUUUAAAAUUGAUCCUGAAAGGGGCAAGAUUGACGAAGGAUGUAUCCAGAAUGUGACAUGUUCAUUCAUUCCACAUCAAGUAGGAGUCUUUAAAGUGAAGCAAUUGAUAGAGAUUAUUGGCUCAGUGGCAGAUGAAAAUUUGCAGUCAUCGCUAAAGCCUUUUCAUCAAAUAUAUUUAGAUUUCAAGAGCGUCUGCAAACCUUCCACCAAGAAAGUUGUGAUGAAAAUUAAUCCUGGUAUAUCCCCUUUGGUCAGUAAUCCUACGGGACAGUUUGUGGUUAGAGACUUGCCAAAAUACAAGGACUGUGCACCUGUUACAAUGCUUCAAUCAGCCAUGACACGCCUUCACAAUCAUCGCAUAAGUAAAGAGUCAAUGAAGGGUGCACUGAUAGCCUUUCCCAAUGAUCGAGCUGCAAGUAUCAGGUCUGGAGACCAGCAUAAAGUUUUCAGGACGAUUUUCACAAAGAUUCCAAGGUAUAACUAUGUGGAUUCUGAUUUCACAUAUACUAAAUUUGAGAAAAUUGAAAAGCAAGCACAUGAAAAUUAUUAUGCAAGAUACAUUAAACAUUUAAGAAGUGCGCGCCUGCGGAAACAAGCAGAGAGGGAAGGCAUGGAUUCAUAUAAUGAUACAGACAUAGGAUUACAGCCAGCGUCUGGUCUAAAGUCACCUUCACUCUCCGAAACGGAAAUAGAAGAGGAAUUAUAUUCAGCAAAGUGUCUGAUUAAACCUAACCAAUUACUAAAUACCAGAAAUAUAGAAUCCAAGGAGAUGAAAGCUCUGAGAAGAAAGGUUCUCAAAAGACUUAAAUCGGACCCAUCCACGCCCCAUGAAAAACAUGAUUGCAGCUUAAUUUUGACACCAAAGCAAAUUCAUCAAGUAAUUGUCGGGCCCUCUGUCCUUAACUUUGGUGAUGUUUGUGUGAACUCCACAAAUACUCGUCUACUGCAUGUUAUUAAUAUGCUACCUAUGCAUAUUUUGAUCCAGUUAGAUAUUAAUUUGGAAGAACUUCAAAAAACCAACCAAUUUUCAUAUGUGAUUCCACCUACAGCUAGUACUUAUAUUUCAAUGGUAUUUGAAUCUCCCACCAUUGGAAAAUUUUGGAAGUCUUUCACCUUUACAGUGAACAAUAUACCUGGUGGCCAUAUCCUAGUGAUGGCAGUUGUCAUGCCAGUAAAGCUUGAGCUCUCUUCUAAUGAGCUAGUAUUGAGACCACAAGGCUACUCCAUGAAAACGUGUUUUAUGGGGACAGUUGGGUUGUAUAAUCAUCAGAAUUAUUUUGCCAAAUUUGAAUGGCAACCAGUAACCACAAAAAGAGGAAUGGCAUUUUCCAUCUGUCCAGCUAAAGGCACGGUUGAACCAUACUCUUCAUUGGAAUGUGAAGUAACAUGGCUGCCAGGUUUCAGUUCUCCAGAAAGGGGAGAAUUUGUUCUUCAUGUCAAUGAAGGAAACACGCUGACACUAAAAUGUGUUGCACAUCUUGGUCACACCAAGGUCAUAUUUUUGGAGCCAAGGAUCCUCUUCAGUAAUAGUCCUCAAGGUUUAACAACUUGGAGGAAAGCCAUUCUUCACAACGUAGGACAAAACCAUGCUUAUUUCAAGUGGUUUUUCAUCAAGACAGGGGAAUUCACAGACCCUGCGUUUCCUGACAUAUAUUCUUUGGAGUUAGAGGAAGGGACAUCUCUGGAAGGUGGCAUAGCAUUUUCUCCCAAAGAAGUGGCAACAUAUGACUUCAGCAUUCAAGUUCAAAUUAAUUUCUUCAGGGCUUCAGAACUUUACACUCAAUAUUGUUUGUCAAAUUCUCCUAUGAUUCCAAAGACAACACCACUUAUUCGACCGUGUUAUGUUCAAGCUACUGUAUUGCAAGCACCAUUGAGACUAUCCAGCACUGAUUUUAUAUUUGAAAUGCCAUUGCAUAUUUUGGAUCCUAAUAACAAGGUCACAAAAACUCAGGAUCUUGUCUUACAUAAUACUUCAAAACAAGAUGUGGAAUGGACUUUGGAUAUUAGUGACACUGGGAACCUUUUCAAAGAUGGCACAUUCCAGAUUAGUGUGCUGAGUGGGAUUCUGCAACCACACGAAGAAUGUACUAUUUCCAUAAGUUUCUGUCCAAAUCAUCCUAGAAAAUACACAGCUGAUAUUCCCAUUCGUCUAAAUGAUAAUCCAGUUGGCUAUCGAACGUUAUGUUUGGUUGGAGAGGUGAAAUCACCCAUGUUAUUGUUUGACCCUCCAUUCAUAUUUUUUACUCCUGUUCCUCUGGAUGUAACAACUGUGAUGGAUAUCAACAUUUUACCCCAAAACUAUUUCAGAGACUCAACGUUAAAUGUCCAGAUUCCCCCAGCAAGACUUUUUGAUGGGGACGAGGUUCAUCCUCUUUCUGUGACGUUUCCAAAAGGCAGAGUCAUCACAGGCUCUCCCAGUGGAAUGAAUGCGGAGCUCACCUGCCACCUCAGCUUCAGAUCAUCUAAACCUGUGUCCUUUUUCACCGAUAUUCUUUUCUGUGAUAACAGAGAUAACUGGUUUUUGCUUCCAGUUACUGCAACAGCAGAAAACUGUCUUCUUACCAUUUACCCAUAUAUGGCAACUCAUCUUGAUAAGCAAACAAUUGUUUUAAAGGAUGAUAAGGAUGACAGUUCUUUGAAGAAUAGAGACAGUGUUUUGCUUCCCUACCAAGAAGCUGGUUUAUCCUCUCCUGCUCCUACUAAAUUUAAUGAUGCUGAGCCUGCAGAGAGAAGAUUAUUUGUUGGAAUUGAAAUAAUACAUGAAAGGCUGAACUCAGGCAAAAGUAAAACAUCAAAGAAAGACAAUGAUAGAUCUAUGGAAAAGGAGGAGAAAAAUGAGCAUUGGUUUUCUCCUGAAGAAGGAACAAAGGCGUAUGUCUUCUUUGAGAAGGUUGUAAAUGCUGCUCAGACCUGGUUCAGUCUCUUCGGCUGGCCUGAAGGACCCCAUUCUCUUUCUAUUCCAGAAACAAUUAGAAGGGAAGUGUUUAAAAUACAAUUCUACUCGUCAACCUCAUCAUCCAAAAAAUUUUCUAGACAGAAUGACUUUUCCAAAUAUAAUAGGACCAUUUACGAUGUGAUGCUCCACUUGAGUGGAAAAAUGCCACCUGGAAUUAAUUCAAGUCAGUUCUCACCUGAGGAUUAUACUGAAAGGGUGACUCAACUUCAUUUUCAACAUUCUUCACUUCUUGACUUUCUCAACGCUCAAGGAGCAUGUAUUUCUCAUGUGCUGCCAGAAUUUCUGCUUGAACCAGAAGAUUAUAAAAAGUGGAUUGAAAUUACUUCUUUCACUAAUACCUUGCCUGCAUGUUCCCGUAUACCUAAGGAAAAGCACUCUGUUGUUAUAGAUAGGACUCAGUUUGAAGGCUGGAGUAAGCGGGCAUGGACGGAUGUAUUGCUUCAGAUAUACAAGGUUCUGGUACUAUCCCGGGUUGUACCACAUUGCAGCAGUAACCUACCCCCCAUACAUGUGCAGAAUUCACCAAAAAUCAAUCCUUGUUUUUUAUCCAGCAACAUAUAUUCUAAUUCUGAAAGGAUUCUGCUUAGUUGGAUGAACACAAAUUAUGAGAAUGCCCGACAUAUUAUAUGGAAAAACUGUCACCAAGGAGUUAUUCCCUCUGACAGAUGGAUAGUAAAUUUUGACAAAGAUCUUUUAGAUGGCCUUGUUUUUGCAACACAGUUGGGAGCCUAUUGUCCGUUUUUGAUUGAGUCUCAUUUCGAAAAAAUGUACACACAACCAAAAAGUUCUGAACAGUAUCUGCACAAUUGCCUGAUUAUUGUGAAUGUACUUCGUGAAAUUGGCUUUGACAUGGACAUACAGGCCACGGAUAUCUGUGAUCCUAAUCCAAUCCUGAUGCUCAUGCUUUGUGUCUACAUGUAUGAAAGGCUCCCUACAUAUCUCCCCAAGAAGGUGGUGCCCUUUCAUUGUACUCUACAUGACACUGUGCUGAGACAGAUUCUACUGAAAAAUCCAAGCUUGAAAAACUUAGUGUAUAAUGCUAUAAUUGUUGGAAAAGAUGCCUCUGACUUCUCCCUUUCCCAAACAGGGAACAUUGUGACAAUAUCUCCGAAUGUCAGGUUGGUGGAAUCCUCAACAUUUAUCUCUUUGCCAUCUCAAUUAACAGAAUCUGGACAAUUCAUUAACCACAUGAACCAUGGUGAUGCUGGGAAUAGCCCUGAAACUGAUAAUGCGGAGGGUUGUUGCCAUUCCCCAAAUGCCUUAAGAACCUCAAUUAAGUCCAAUUUCAUCAGAGAGUUCUUCUGCUCCACACAUACUCUUCACCUGGGAGUAAAAGGGACUUCAAGCCUGGAGCUCUUGUUUCUUCCCUUUGACAUGCACACGCGCUACUGUGUCAUCAUCCUUAGCAGCAAAGAGAUUGGAGAAUUAAUUUACGUUGUGGAAGGAAAAGGUAUGAUCCCCUUGCCUUCCUCCUUUCUCCCAAAGGAUUCUUCAGCUCCACUUGACUACAGCACUUCGCCAGAGGAAGUGUUGAGUAAGGAAAAUCCAGUUCUGUAUUUGAAAUGUGAGCUCCGUCAAAUCUUGGAUGUGGACCUUAAGUUGCCACUGACUAAUGAAGCCAAGGAAAAGGCCUUGGCCUUGGCGGCCCAGCAGCAGAUGUCGGAUAUAGAGUAUGAGCGACGGUUGAUCACGGGCACUCUGGAGAGCAGCAGUGUUCGUGUGGCCAUCGCCCUCCUGGGGCUGACCAAGAUUGAGACUUCUAUGCUCUUUAAUACCUCAAAGCUAAAGAAGCCUAAGUCCAUUUUAUACACAGCAGAACUGAGCCUUCCAGAACAUUUUGAUAUCCCCAAGAAAAUCUACAUUCCUCAGAUUCCAGAAACUCAAGCUAAAUUGACCCAGUCUCAAGGAAUUAAACCUGCAAAUAAAACAGUUGCAGAUGGAUCUGUUCUAGUUCCUUUACGAUUUGUUCCUCUCAGUCCUGGACGCUACCCUUGUAAAAUUUUGCUGAUAUCACGGCAUGAUGUGCGUGUCUAUUGCAUUGAAGGUGUGGUAAAUGAAGAACGUCCAGAAGCCAGGUUUGAAUUUGAAACACCAGCAUUUGAAGCCCUUACCCAACAUAUUCCAGUAAGUAAUAAGACAAAGAAUGAAUGGAAAUGUCAAGUUACUAUAGAAGGAGAAUGGUUUUAUGGACCUUCUGUUUUAUAUGUUGGACCGGGUGAAACUGUGCAGUAUCCCCUUACGUUCAAACCUAUUUUGGAAUGUGAGAUUAUGGGCAGACUUACUCUACAAAAUGAAGUAGAUGGUAUGGAGUAUGUCUUUGACAUAAAAGGGAUUGGAAAAAGACCCCUGGCCUUGGAACAUAUCACUAUAGACUGUCAAGUAGGGAAGAUGACAAAUAAACCCAUAAUGGUGCCCAAUUAUACAAAGACCAUCCAAACAUUUAAGGUAACUUCAGAUCUUCCAAUAGUGUGGGGAAACCCAUACAUCACCAUAGACCCUGACAAUGCAGUUCCAUAUAUCCUACAUGUAUCCCCUUGGAAACGUGGUGUAUUCAAAGGUACAAUUUCAUUUUCUGUUAAACGCAGACAAGAUGAUGACUCUCAGGAAGACUCAGAUCAAGAUCAAUGUCGAGCACCCUCCUUUGAAAAAUCAUUAUCAGAACUAUUCCACAAGUUUGAUGAAGAAGACUCAGAUGAUAGUGUUAGCAAUUUCCAAGUCUGGUAUUAUCUUGAGAUCCAUAGCUCUCCGGGACCACCAGUAAACAUUAUUGAAAUGAAAUGCCUUGCUCUGGAGAGCAUUUACAUUGAAAUACCUCUCUCUAAUCCAAAAGAGAAAAUGAUUCAUUUAGAUGUGCAGUUAUCCAAUGCUGCCCUUAAUGGAUUUAAGCAACUUACACUGCACCCGCUAGAAUGUAUCAACUAUGUCCUACAGUAUUCUCCAGCGACUACAGGCUGUAGAGAUGAAAGCGUUAUUUUUCAGCCUGACGUGGCUCUUGAGUUCUGGUAUUUACUGAGAUUAACUACUGAAUUACCGAAAUCAACCACAGUACCAGAAAUACAAUGUGACCUUGGAAAGUAUGUCACUCAGAUCAUUCCUUUAGUUAAUCCAACACACGAGACCUUAGAAUUGCAAGCAACAAACAGUAAUCCUGAAAAUUUUGUCUUGGAUGUUAACAGAUCAUCACAACUGACCAUACCUCCUCACUCCAUCAAAGAAGUAUCUGUUCACUUUUAUCCUUCGGCUCUUGGAAGAACUGGUCAUCAAGUUUCUAUCACCUUCCACUGUACUCAGUUUAAAGAAUGGAUAUUCUACCUCUCUGGAGUAGGACUGUUCCCCCAGCCUAUAGACAUAGAAAGAAUAACCACAUACCUCCGUCUUCAUUCAUCUAUUGUUAUACCUUUCCAAAAUCCCACCAAGGAAGAUGUUUUGGUCAAUAUUGUACUAACAAGUCAGGAAAAACCUAGGCAUCUCGUCAUUGACUGUUGCUGGGAUAGCUUCUUCCAUGAGACUUCUGCCUUCAAGUUUAGUGGUCUGAGUCACACACAAGGAAUCACAUUGCCUCCUAAAGGGAAUAUAGAUAUCCCAGUGUUAUUUAUGCCCCACAUUAUGAAAUUACACAGAACAAUGGUCAUUGUUCAAAUGAUGAGGGCGAAUAGAGAAAGUUGGCCUAUUGACAAUUUUGAUGAAUUGAGCACAGAGAUGAAAAGAACUAUGGGAAUAGAAAGUGGAGCAAUCCAAGCAAUACACUGGAUAUACCCUAUUCUUGGACUUCCACAGGCACUACAUCCUAAAUUCCCUCAAGAUUUGCCUGUGAAACGUGAAUUUGAGUAUGAAAUUCAAUUUGAAUCUGAAGUUAUGAAGUCUAACUUGGGAUCCUGCGUAGCUUUGUAUAUGAUCAAAAAAUCUUAUCAUGUCAAAGCUGAAAUGAUAGCAUUGGUCUUCAAUGUGGUAUUUGCACCAAAGAAACCAUUGAGGACUCAAAUUACACUGAAAAUAGAGUGCAUAACAGAUGGGAUUUGGAAGUUUCCCAUAACGUUGGUUGCUACUGAGCCUGAUGUGGAUGAUGUCAUUGAUAUUGAAGGCAUUGGUUUAUUUAAGGAAUCUAUUGUUGACUUCAGGCUGACAAGUCAGACGAGAAAUCCCGAGCCGUUCACUGCAUACUUCCUACCUGGCAGUGAUCCUGAGUUUUUUGUGAAACCUCAGGUUGGAGAACUUCCUCCUUUUGACACUGAAGGAACUGUCCUCCUUGUGGGUUUUAAACCCCGAAUGUACAGUAGGAAAUACAAAGCAACAUUAGCAAUACAGACACCGGACAUGUACUGGUUGUAUGAUAUCAAUGGAUUACCUCAAGUUACCGUGCCACCGAUGAAUGUAAAAGCCAAAAUUGACACUACUAAUGAGAGGUUUCAGAGCAAGCCAGUUCGUCGGCGCAAUAUUAUCCGUGAAAAUGCUAAACUCACAAGGACGGGGGUGUCCUCUACCAUCAAGGGUGCACCUUUGAUGUUGAAGAAUAAAUAA